AUGACCACUCUGAUACUCGACUUCAAUACUCACCCUUUUGGACAACAUCAGCAAGACCGAACUGGACCUGAGGCGACGAGCACAAGGAUUGAAGAUUCCAGAGUAUGCCACAGGCGGCGCAAGGUUCGACACAACGGGAGGCCACAUCCGAAAUUAUCAAACACAACGACGACAAGACCUUCGACAACAUGGCUCGACGUCUUCAAUCCAUCCAGCAAUCGCAAGUCCUCUCGACCUCAAGUCCUCGAGCAAGACAUAGAUGGUACUGUGGCGACAAGACUGGUGACGAGCAUCAGGACAUCCAGCAACGACACUGCAACGGCAGAACUCACGGCAAACCUUCUCAACAUCAAGACCCUCAAGUACUACAAGACACAAGGCUCGACCACAAGAUUGAUCAAGGCGGCAACAUGCAAGACGAUCGGCGAACGGGCACCGCAAGAUCGACCACCUGGAACUCCAAGAACAAGACUCAACCUCCGCAAGACAGCCACGACCUUCGACAACCACAACAGCGACUCAACCUUUAGCGACAACGACAGCACCAACAACGGCAAGACUUACAACAACACUCCUCAACUACAAGGCCCCUCAACGUCAACAACUCCGCCAGAACAACCCUCAAGCCCUUCAACGCAACAUUUGACCUCGACAACGGAUAUCAAGACCUCCAAGUACUACAAGAUGCAAGGCCCCACAACAAGAUAUACGAAGGCAGCAACAUUCAAGACGAUCGGCGAACGGGCUCCGCAAGAUCGACAACCAUAUACUUCAAGAACAAGACUCAACCUCCGCAAGACAGCCACGACCUUCGACAACAACAACACCGACACGACCUUCAGCAACCAACGACAGAACCACAACGGCAAGAUUUACAGCAAUACCUCAAGGCCAAAGACCUUCAAGACCCACGGAAGCCGGGCUCCGCAAGAUCGACCACCACCACCACCACCACCACCACCACCACCACCACCACCUCCGACAACGACACCACCUUCAACAAUCAACGACAAUAUCAGCAACUGCAAGACUUAUAGCAACCUCAACAUCAAGAACCCCUCCACAACGACCUUUCAGCCCUUCAAGACGCAACGUUCGACUUUCAGGAUCAAGACGCCCGGCAAACGGCUACACUCAAAACGCUUGGCAAACGGUAGAUGUGUGAUCCCGACAGACCCCAGCAAGACUCUACAAUGUAUACAUCACCUUCAGCACCACAAGACUCUCAGCAACGACACGACAACAGCAAAACUCACCGCAAAACUUCUCGACGCCAAGACCCUCAAGUACGGCAAGACGCAAGACGCAAGACUCGACUACAAGAUCCAUCAAGGCAGCGACACGCAAGACGAUUGGCGAACGGGACCCACAAGAUCGACCACCCAGCACUCCAAGAACAAGACAGCCUUCCGCCACGAUCCACCACCAACUCUGACAAACGCUACCUUCGACAACUAUUACCUCCGACAACCACCACCUUCGACAACCACCACCUUCGACAACCACCCAACCAUCAGCAAUCAACGACAAACCAGGACCCGCACGACCCACAACCACAAACACAACCACUCACGAUCAAGACCUCGGCCUUCGACCUUCGACGACGACACAACAUCCAGCACCGCAAGACUUUCGGCAAUAACGCAACUUCCGGCAAACUCGCAAGACAAGUCUCGACCACGACAAGCCAAUCCGCAAGAGCAAGAUUCCAUCAACGACAAGGCCAUUAACUUUUUUUCUGAAUCAGAUUUUGUAGGUUUCGAUGUCAAGAUGUUCGCAAGGUCGCUCACCGUCAAGGCCCGCUCCAAGGUCAAGGUCAAGGUCAAGACCGUCGGCUAG